AUGGGCGAACAUAAUCUCCUUAAUCCUGGGUUUGUGGGACCGUUGGUGAACAUCCAUACGGGAGACACCUUCUAUUUCCCCAAUUUCCGAGCCUCCGGAGGACAGCUACCCGGCUUACCGUCUCUCUCCUACCCAAGAAGGGACAAUGUCUGUUCUUUACCCUGGGCUUCCUCAGAGCCGUGCAACGGAUAUCCCCAGCCCUAUCUCAGCAGCCCCGUGUCCAUUAACCCUUCCUUCAGCCGAGCCUGCGACCUAGCUAGAGUGGAAGAGAGCAAGUGCUACUAUAGAGAGGCGUGCUCGGAGAACGCGCCCCUCAAAAGGGAAGAGAGGGUUAGGGACAAUGCUUUGAUGCCCCUCGAGUCGGGGAUCCCCAAUGGAAUGAGCGGCACUUUCGGCAAAUUUGACUAUCCGGCUACUGAGGCGGUGCCCCACGAUCCCCCUUCCUGUCAGUCUUUGGAGUCUGAUUCCAGCUCCUCCUUACUCAAUGAAGGGAAUAAGGGCGCCACGAGCGAGCCGACCACAAUGGUGUCCCCUAUCAACCAAGGAAGCAGUCUUUCCAGUGGGGGUGCUCCCUGGUACCCGAUGCACACAAGGUCCCGGAAAAAGCGAAAACCUUAUUCUAAACUGCAGCUAGCGGAGCUGGAAGGGGAGUUUAUGGUCAAUGAAUUCAUUACUCGCCAAAGAAGGAGGGAGCUUUCAGAUCGGUUAAACCUGAGCGAUCAGCAGGUGAAGAUCUGGUUUCAGAACCGACGAAUGAAAAAGAAAAGACUCCUCCUGAGAGAACAAGCCCUUUCUUUCUUUUAA